UGUUUCUUCAGUGUCGUUUUAAGUGAACACCGAUGGGUUUUUGUUUACCUAGCAACAGACAGCAGAUAGCGACGGUGUUUCAGUGUCAUCGCUAACGCGAAUUUUAUCAAAUAAAAUGCGCCGUGGCAUGCGUUCGGGUUAUUGUAAAGUAUCACAAAAAAGUAAAAAUAACAUAAUUUAGUCUGAGUUAGAUGCCGAAUUGGCCGUCGCCUGGUUUCUUAGCUGGGUAGUGCUAGCUAACGGUAACCAGGUCGAUAUCUGCUUCCAAAGAUGUCUUUUCAAGACUCACCCCGUCCUUCUGAUGAAGAAGAGGCUUUCUACAUGCACUGCAGAGCCGCAUACUUAGCUGUGUUCAGAUCUAGUUUGACGAAUAUCUCUUCGAAACAGCAGCUAUGUCGUGCUCUCCAGCAGGCAGGUAGAAAUCCUUCCCAGGCAACUCUCAGUAAAUACUGGACCUCGACAACAUCCAAACUGAACUUUGACGACUUCUGUGAGAUUCUUAAGUGUGAGAAGAAGACUGAGGAGACUGAGCUGCUGAGAGCCUUCAAAAAGAUGGAUGUGAAUGGAGACGGCUACAUUUCACACAGUGAACUGGAGAAGGCCCUCACCAAUAGUGGAGAGAAAAUGACCACCGAAGAGGUGAAUGCUAUUUUGUCAUUACUGGACGUCAACAAAGAUGGGAAACUGGACUAUGCAGAAUUCUGCAGAUUGCUUGUGUCUACAGUGGAGCAGUGUCAGAUGGCUCUUUUGGAGAGGCUUGAAGCUAAUGCCAAGCUGAAGAGACAGAACUUUGGCAGUCAGUCAUACAGCCCUCCAAAGAGCUCCACGUCAUCAGCAGCAGCAGCAUCGCAGGCCGCAGUGACUCUGCCUCAGCCUCCAGAAACACCAAGGACAGACUCAGAUACAACACUCAAGAAAGACAGCCGAUCAUCCUCUCGUCCUUCCUCCGCUCGCAGCAGGCGGUCGUCCCUGUCCAACCCAAUCAUUAUGAUGUCGAGCAGCACCAAGACCAGCAAAGUACAAGAACCCUCAGGCUUACAGGAGUGGCAGCAUAGUGAUGUGAAGGGCUGUUUCUUCUUGGAGGAUGAUGGGAGUAUCAGCUCCCUGCAGUACCAGCUCCAUAUCCCGCAGACGACCAACGUCUACCUAACAAUCCAACCACUUAGCCUCAGCCACAGACCAGACAAGCCGUCUUCAUGGAUGACCGUGGACACGGGACUUUUUGUGACAUCAGUUGGCGAAACCAAAGAAGACUCAACGUUUGUGUGUUUCACUGAGUCAAAAGACAAAGAAAAGUAUGUCUGGAAAGGAGAACUGAAUGCUGGGACUUAUUACCUGCUUCCCUUCACUAGUGGCUGCAAAAUAAAGAAAAGAAGCAAAAAGAGCCUUUCUAAUAAACCUGCAGAGCUUGUCUAUAGGACGGACGCUGGAGAACUAGACCUCACCACAGAGCUCAGGGAGGUGCUGUCUGACAUCUUUGAGGUGAUCGACAUGGAUGGAAAUGGUUUGCUCAGUCUGGAGGAGUACAAUUUCUUCGAGCUGAGGACCAGCGGAGAGAAAUGUGACAAGGACGCCUGGGCUGUCUGCAAAGAGAACUUUGAUAUGAGAAAGAACCAGCUGACACGGCAGGGCUUCAUGGAGCUGAACCUGAUGGAGGCCACAGAGAAAGAUGGAGACCCUGCUGACCUGUGGGUCACCCUGGAAGCCAUGGGCUACAACCGAAUGCUGGAGCUAGUAGAUGCUUGUCCGUUCCAGAUAGACGUCUACUGUGAGGGCACUCAGCCAUCCAUCCAGCCACUCAGUCUAGACUCAGGCCCCAAGCUUCUGAACCAGGCCCUGCAGAAGUCCAUCACAACCAGGACAGGGGCCAAAGCACUGAGGGGACAAGACAACAUCUUUAUCUACACCUACAGAGGAGAACACAGGAUCUCUUCCCUCAUAGCCAACAAGACCAACCAGAAAGUGACUGUCCACGUGAACAAUGAGCAGAGCAGGAACUGCUGCAGCAGCAGAGGAAUGAGUGUAUUCGCUGUCGAGGUGCCAGCCAGGACAAAGAUGGUGUGCCAACACGUCCUGCCCAUCAACGACAGACAGGACUGGACCUACAGCUGUGUGGAGACGAUACUACCCUGCACCUAAAGUUGUGCUCCCAUCUAGAAUUCAAAGCCCGCUGUCAAAGCUAGUGAUACAGAAAAGGGAUAGGCAAAGCUUACAAAUGGUUUCAUACAGGAUACAAAAUAAAUAGAAAUGAUCCUACAUACUGUUACUGGUUGGAUCAAAUGAUCGAUAUGUGUCGUUUUACUAUACGUAAGUAACAAGGUCCAAAGAGUCCACUGUCUAAACAUUUUAACUUUUAAAAAACAUUUUUUAGAGAUUACCUGUGUGUUUUGUAAAGCCUUACAUGUCAGACCAGGAGCUGAGAUCCUCUGCCUGCUUGUGGCCUGCAGCUCCAACAAAGUGCACCGGGAAGAAUGGAGUUUCAGAAGCUCAGUGACCAUUGAUGGAAGACAGAGAUGGUCACUGUAGUGGUGAAGUACAGAUGAUAAUGGAUAUUACUGUUUGGUUGUGUCUUUGUAUGUUUGACAUAUAGUUAAUGUAAAUAAAGUAAGAACUCCAUUAACAAUAAAUAACAGUUAAUAUACAUACAAUGCAUGGACUUACGUUGACAAAAUGACCUGUUUACUCAUAAUUUAUCCUUCAAAUUAAGACUGUCGUUGUGUUCUGUUGACAAUUGAUUUAAUCACAAAAAAAGAAAAUAUCUAAAAAGGUGUGCUCAUGUGUCUUAUGGCGUGUUAUUUAAAAUUUGAAAAUUCAUGUUUCGCGUAGUCUUAUGCAAAAAAACUUAGGUGCUCCAAAAACAUCAAUCACAGUCAAAUAAAGGAUGGUUUUAGCUACUUUUCAUGUCACUGUGCAGUCAGGUGAUCAUAAAGCCAAAACAAACGUGGUAAGAUUUUAUUUUCCUGUGUUUUACUUUAAAAAACAUUUUACCCUGUUACCACUUCCUUUGUGUAGAUGUAAAUAUGAUUUAAAUAAAUAUUUUCUGUUGCAGAUUUUU